AUGGCGCCGGCCGGAUCGAUCAUCCCGUUGAUCAUUCUCCUUGUUGUGGUCGCUGUUUUGGCGGCGGUUGGAUUCGUGGCAUACUCUGUGGCUCACGAUGUGGGACACAAGACGAGAAUCAAGUUAGAAAAGAAGAACGUAUCGUUUAGCCGUGGAGGAAUGAAAGUCGGUGUCAAAGAGAAAACGUUUGAGCAGCAGGAGGAUGCGGCGCAGAGUGUGAUAACUAAGAUCUGGAACAACUCGUCAUGGCCAGCAUAUAAAUCGCGUCUGGGUUGGGGACAAACAAAUCAAUCCGCUAGCCCUCAAUCCCAGCCGCCCUCGCAAAAGAAAGAACCGUCAUCGCGACCUUCUUCGCACCAAACACCCACCGUUUCUCGCCAUGGCUCGAGUCAGGCCAAUCUCUCGACGACAUCGUCCGCACAAGUCCAUUGA